AUGAAGACCUUCUGCAAUUGGUGCGCACCAUUCACGGAGCACGGCGUCAAUCUCUCCUGCUACGUGGCCGAUCAUCAGAAAGACCACCCGGCGGAGAACUUCCAGCCGGGUCCCUCUAAGCGUGUGGCGCUCGUGCGCCAUCGUCAGCUACUCGCCGUCGCUGCAGCAUACGGUGUUUCGGCUGGUAAUAGUCCGACAGGCACCGAGCUUAUCGGAAUCUUGAUUGACAAUGGAGUGUCUCUCACGCCAGAGCUCAGAGACACGAGUCACCAACCCCCAGGCCUGGAAUCGAUGCCCACGGAGAUCCUGCGAAAGAUCAUGUCUUACGUGGUUCUCAUCACCUACUGUACCGCGCCCCAGUAUCCUUACCCAGACUACACAGCUGUUUUACCGGGCAUCUUCGGCAAUUCCUCUCGGACAGCGUAUCAAAUUGAAUGGCCAGGCAGUAUCAAUCCAGCACGAGCUUCGCUAGCUUUACACGAGGCCGCACUUUCGACUCUGCUUCAGCACGACAUCAUUCGGUUCGAGAUUGGAGAUUGUUCGGAUUGGYGGGGACCAGAUCCCGCCAGAGAAAUGCUCCUCACAGGAAACAUCACCAUGCCUCGAGCAGGUUAUGUCAAGAAGAUCCAGCACGCGAGUCUUGAAUACACGGAUUUCGGCUUCUUCGAUGAAGGUCACCGCGGGCACUACCUUACCAGCACCCUCAUCCCACUUGCAAAUGUGUUGACAAUCUGCCCAAACCUGAAGACUCUCAAGCUGCGACUGUCUUGGCCUCUCGCGCGGCUCCACGACGCGUGGUUCAACGAUGAACCCACAUCAGAUGAGGAUCAUGAGAUCACAAAGGAAGACAUCCUAUCUGUCGCAUCCGAGCUCCAUGCCUUGCCGAUAGCGAGCGCCACUCUUGAUCUAGACUACCCGUGCCUGACCCGCGAGAUGUCUUUCAAGGUUGAUUGCUCCGCGGAAGAUUAUGAGGCUGCGUUCAUGGCGACAUACGACAAAUACUUCGCACCAUUGAACCCGGAGGAGAGCUUCAACACCUGGCGCGAGAGGGCUGCAUCGUACCUUCCCCCAAAGUAG